CUUUUGAGGACAGCUGGCUCCUUUGUGGGAUCUGUCAGGUAUGGGGUGGGGCUUUGAUCUGAACCAGCUUCCCUUUAGCUUCCAGCCCAGCUCCUCACCACUGCUGGCUUGGGUGUUGUCUGUCCUGGGGUUGAGGACUUGGUGGUGGGGGUCACUCUGGGAACUUCGGGUUAUUUCCCAAACUCCAGUUCUUCCUCACUCCAGUUCUUCCUCACUCCAGUUCUUCCUCUCCCCAGGUCGGGUUCUUUUGGAGAGAGAUGGGAAAAGUGGCUAGUUCCCAGAUUAUAUAGGCCCCCAUGGUUACCAUGUUGGAAGCCAGACUCCAAACCCAGCAGAGGAACACCCAAAACAGCCAGGAGACUGGCUUGUGGUCCUCAGGCUUUGGGAUGAAGCUGGAGGCUGUUACCCCAUUCCUGGGGAAAUAUCGCCCCUUUGUGGGUCGCUGCUGCCAAACCUGUACUCCCAAGAGCUGGGAGUCCCUCUUCCACAGAAGCAUAAUGGAUCUAGGCUUCUGCAAUGUGAUCCUGGUGAAGGAGGAGAACACCAGGUUUCGGGGCUGGCUGGUUCGGAGGCUCUGCUAUUUCUUAUGGUCACUGGAGCAGCACAUACCACCCUGUCAGGAUGCCCCACAGAAGAUCAUGGAAAGCACUGGGGUGCAGAAUGUCAUCUCAGGGAGGGCCCCAGGAGGGGCUGGGGAAGGCCAGGUACCAGGACUUGUGAAGAAAGAGGUACAGCGCAUCUUGGGCCAUAUCCAGGCUCCACUCCAUCCCUUCCUGCUCAGGCUGUUCAGCUGGGCACUGCUGCGGUUCCUGAACUGUGUCUUCCUGAACGUGCAGCUCCACAAGGGUCAGAUGAAGAUGGUCCACAAGGCCACCCAGGCACAGGGCUUGCCGCUUGUCCUCCUCUCUACCCACAAGUCACUCCUGGAUGGGAUCCUGCUGCCCUUUGUGCUGCUCUCCCAAGGCCUGGGUGUGCUCCGUGUGGUUUGGGACCCCCGCACCUGCUCCCCCACCCUCAGAGCUCUGCUAAAGAAGCUUGGGGGGCUUUUCUUGCCCCCAGAGGCCAACCUCACCCUGGACAGCUCUGAGGGGGUCCUUGCAAGGGCUGUGGUCCAUGCUGCUAUGGAGCAGCUGUUGGUGAGCAGGCAGCCCUUGCUCAUAUUCCUGGAGGAGCCCCCUGGGGCCCAGGGGCCUCGGCUGUCAGCCCUGGGCCAGACCUGGCUGGGACUGGUGGUCCAGGCUGUCCAGGUGGGUGUCAUCCCAGAUGCCAUGCUAGUGCCAGUGGCUAUCACCUAUGACCUGGUUCCAGAUGCACCCUGUGAUGUAUACCACGCUUUGGUCCCACUGGGGUUGUGGACAGGAGCUCUGGCUGUCCUGCGGAGCCUAUGGAGCUGGGGCCGCAGCCCCAGGGUCUGUGUCCGUGUGCACCUAGCCCAGCCCUUCUCCCUACAGGAAUACACCACCAAUGCCAGAAGCUGCUGGGGCAGCAGGCAGACCCUGGAGCAGCUGCUGCAGCCCAUCGUGCUGGGCCAAUGUAAUGUUGUCCCAGACACUGAGAAGGAGCAGGAGUGGACUCCAGCAACUGGGCCCCUUCUGGCACUUAAGGAAGAAGACCAGCUCCUGGUCAGGAGGUUGAGCCGUCAUGUCCUGAAUGCCAGCGUGACCAGCUCGGCAGUGAUGAGCACAGCCAUCAUGGCGGCACUGCUGCUCUUUAAGCACCAGAAGGGUGUAUUCCUGUCUCAGCUCCUGGGGGAGUUCUCCUGGCUGACCGAGGAGACGCUACUGCGUGGCUUUGACGUGGGCUUCUCAGGGCAGCUGCGGUGCCUUGUGCAGCACACGCUGAGCCUACUCCGGGCACAUGUGGUCCUGCUGCGCGUCCAUCAGGGGGACUUGCUGGUGGUUCCUCGCCCAGGCCCAGGCCUCACACGCCUGGCACGCCUGAGCACCGAGCUGCUGCCUGCCUUCCUGAGUGAGGCUGUGGGUGGUGAGUCUCCAGGGCUUCGGCUGGGUGGGACGUGUCGGGGUGAGGUGAAUGGCUUCCCUCCUCGUGCCUGGCCCUUUCCUUCCCUAGCCUGUGCUGUUCGGGGGCUGCUGGCGGGCAGAGUGCCGCCUGAGGGGCCCUGGGAGCUACAGGGCAUUGAGUUGCUGAGCCAGAAUGAGCUGUACCGCCAGAUCCUGCUGCUGCUGCACUUGCUGCCCCAGGACCUGCUGCUGCUGCAGCCCUGCCAAUCUUGCUACUGCUACUGUCAGGAAGUGCUGGACCGUCUCAUUCAGUGUGGGCUCCUGGUUGCUGAGGAGACCCCAGGCUCCCGGGCAGCCUGUGACACAGGGCGGCAGCGUUUAAGUGCAAAGCUACUGUGGAAACCGAGUGGGGACUUUACUGAUAGUGACAGUGAUGACUUCGAGGAGGCUGAGGGUCGGUUCUUCAGGGUAAGUUGGGAGAAGCCACGUUGGGGGUGGGGUGGCGGGCAGGCAGUUGGAGCUACCCUCAUCUGGUCUGUGCCCCUCCAGCUCAGCCAGCAGUCACGCUGCCCUGACUUCUUCCUCUUCCUCUGCCGCCUGCUUAGCCCACUGCUCCAGGCCUUUGCACAGGCUGCCACCUUUCUCCACCAGGGACAGCUGCCAGAUACAGAGUCUGGCUACACUGAGCAGCUCUUGCAAUUCUUGCAAGCCACUGCCCAGGAAGAAGGGUUCUUUGAGUGUGCAGACCCAAAUCUUGCCAUUAGUGCUGUCUGGACCUUCAGAGACCUGGGGGUGCUACAGCAGACGCCCAGCCCCGCAGGCCCCAUGCUCUACCUGUCCCCUACAUUCACCAGUCGGGAAAAUCAGGAAAAGCUGGAACAGUUCAUCCGGCAGUUCAUCUGUAGCUAGAACUGUGGGGUGACUUCUCAGCCCGAGAAUACAGCUGUGUCCUGGAAUCAGAAGACCGAGGGGGCUGCACACCCUUACCUGAACUAUAAAAUAGUUUGUGCUUCAUUGUCCCUUGCUGUCUCUUGUAUUUUCCAUCCUUUGGUGUGUUAAACAAGGGGACUGGACAAGUCUUUUCCCAAGCUCAGAAGUGUCUUUUUUGAGGUAUGUUUUCCCCUUCCCCACCUUGUGAGAAGGCCCUGUCUUGUUCCCUGAAACCCUAAAAGAAGAACUAUAGCAAAAGUCAAGC